ACAGGGAAGCUGAACUCCCCUGUGAAACGUCUCAGCUGCUGGAAGGAGAACACAUUGAGCAUCAACAAAGACGCUCUGCGCUCAGAACCAGAACCACGCCUAACACCAAGAGGGCUAUGUUCACACUGCAGGCCAAUUCCGAUUUUUGAUUUUUGUCCUCAUAUGGAACCUGCAUCUGAUAUUUUCAUGUCAGUGUGAACAGCACAAUUCCAGUUGUUUUCUAAUGCGACUCAGGCCUCCUUCGUAUGUGGAUAUUCAUCCGAUAUGUGUGCGAUGCAACUGCAGUAUCAACGGUCAGGUCGCAUAUAACUGACCUAUACGUCAUCGAAGAUGUGUAAUGCCAUGCUUACCGAGACCUUGAUAAAGGUACUCAUCGAUGUAGGUAAAAGCUGUUCUUGUCAUGCGAAAAUGAUUACCUCCGCCAAGUGCAGUGCAAAGUGCAAGCGCAGCGUUGAUGUUAUGUUUUUGCCAGCAUUUGUCCGUUUGGUAUUGGUUUGUUUGUUUGUGUUCCAAAUAACUUGAAAAGUUCUGAAUGGAUUUGGAUGACAUUUUCAGGAAUUGUGGAAAAUGGGAUUUGGAAGAGCUUAUUAAAUUCUGGGGUGAUCCGGAUCACCGUCUGGAUCCAGGAAUUUUUGAAAAGAUUCUUUAACAUUGCGAGAUAGGGCCAUGGUCGGCAUUUGUGCAUAUAACUCCACAAAAAAUGGCAGGAGCACUUGGAAAAAAAAAUACAGGACAAGUUUCCAACAGGUUGUACAAAAUAUCAAAGUCCGAUCCAGAUAAUGGACUAAUUCCAGAUACUAUGAUCCAGAAUUUGAAAAACUAGGGAACCUUUGGAAUUGUCAUCAUAGGAGGAAAACAAACAAAGCAAUAAACAAAGAGACACUGUGGAAUCUGGAGUGUGCCAAGAGAUUUGUUGUAUGUUGUAUCCUGUAAUAUCGUAUCGUAUCGAGGCGACAGAGCCGGAGCUAAGAUCAAAGGCAAGCGGCAAGCAUUAAAGUGGAGAUUCAAGCUGACGGUACCUUCUGUGAUCAUGGGAAAUGUGAAUUCACUCCCGAACGGGAUCGAGGAGCUGGCUGCGCUGACAAAGAACGUCAAGACCUUUUGGGAGUGCAGCUUAUUGUGCUUUACUGAAACGUGGCAAAGACCUAGCGUCCCAGAUACUAACAUCGGGCUAGCAGACUUCAGCACAGUCAGAGCGGACAGGGACACAAGAGCCUGGAAAGCGCAAAGGAGGUGGGCUUGCACUGUAUGUAAACAAUGGUGUCAUCCUGGCCAUGUGAACAUUAAGAUAUCCAUCUGCAGUAAGGACAUUGAACUUCUGGCUGUCAGCCUACGUCCCUACUCCAUACCAAGGGAGUUCAAUCACGCCCUUUUUAUCCUUGUCGACAUACCUCCGUGCGCUGACGCGGAGGCUGCGUGUGACGUAAUCCACUGCACGACGGAUAAACUCCAAACACACAACCCCGAGGGUCUGGUCUUGAUAUCCGGGAACUUCAAUCUUGUGACACUUGACAGAACACUGGCUGCCUUCUACCAGUAUGUGGACAGUAACGCCAGGUGGGACAGGACUAUAGACUAUAGCUGCCUCCCUGCCUGCACUGGGGAAGGCAGACUGCAACCUGGUCCUGCUCAAACCUCACUAUACACCAAAAGUGAGGAAGUCACCCAUAAUCACACGUUCAUUCAGGAAGUGGUCCCCUGAGGCUGAGCGUCAAUGUAUGCCAGAAGCUGCGACAGACCUUCUGUCAGACUGUGCUUGCUAGUGCCCUCCUGUAUGCAGUCGUGUGGUGGGGGGAGCAGCCUCAAGAAGAAGGAUACCACACGCCUGGGCAAACUGAUGAGGAAGGCAGGCUCUGUCAUUGGCACUGAGCUGGACAGCCUGACAUGUGGCAGAGCAAAGGACACUGAGGAGGCUCCUUUCUAUGAUGGACAACCAGCAUCAUCCAACGUACAGCAUCAUCUCCCAACAGAAGAGCAGUUUCAGUGGCAGAUGACGAUCACUGCCCUGCUCCACUGAAGGACUGAGCACAUCAUUCCUCACCCACGCCGUGCGGCUUUUCAACACCACAGAGGGGCAGCAAACAAAAAACACACACAGGACUGGGCUUACUCACUUGUUACGUAUUAUUAUUAUUAUUAUUAUUAUUAUUAUUAUUACAGUAUGUAUGUACUAUUGCACUAAAAAUUUGACGUGAUCUGUCCCAUAUGUAUCUAUUUGUUUAUUUAUUCACAUUCUAAUACUUAUUUUUGUUGGCUCUCAUGUCUUGCCUUGGCUGUUUUAUUUCAUUUUGUGAUUUAAGUGAAGUUAAGUUCAUGAUGACAUUUUUGUGGAGCUGCUGGAAAUGUGAAUUUCUUGGAAAAUGCCAUUUUUGUCUAACUACUGAAGUAAUAUUGAUAUCAUUAUGAAUCCAUUUGCUAAUGCUAUGUUUUCAUGGUCAAGGAAUGUACUGUGUGAAAAAUAAAUGUAGGACUAUUUAUUUGGUUUGUUUUGGUUUAAUUUUAUUUGGACAUGCAUGCAGGUGACAAUGGAAUAAAUCUUACGAAUCAUCAUUCCACAUGUCCAAAAGGAGUAGGAAGAAGCAAAGCUCAUUUAAUCCUACCCCCAUUCCAUUCCACAUCUUGUACAGUACAUAUUAUUCACUUCCUGCAUUCCAUGUCAUAUUUUUCCAUAUAAUAAUAAUUGUAAUAAUCAAAAAAUAACAAAGAUUAAAAAACAAUCAUGACAGAACAGAAGUAUAAUAAUCAAGACUCUUGUGCCUUUUACACUCUGAUCAAAAUCUUAAGACCAGUUGAAAAAUUGCUAGAAUUUGCAUUUUGCACAUUUGGAUCUUAAUGAGGUUUUAAGUAGAGCUACAAUAUGCAAAAACAAGAAGGGGGAGUGAGAAAAAACAUUUUGAAAAAGUAAUUUAUUGAAAACAACAAAUAAACUGAAAUAGGCUGUUUAUCAGCUGAUCAAAAGUUUAAGACCAUCGCUCAAAAAAUAACAAAAAAUUCUCCAAACCAGAACAAAAAUGUUCUCAGUAGGACUCAGUAAUGAGUAGCUCCACCGUUCUUGUUCAUCAUUUCAAAAAUGGCUUUGGGCGUGCUUGAUGCGAGUGUUUCCAGGAGGCUAGUCGGAACAUUGCUCCAAGUGGUGAAGAUGGCUUCACCAAGGACAUCAACUGUCUGGAACUGUUGGCCAUUUUCAUAAACUUCCCUUGCCAUCCAUCCCCAAAUGUUCUCUAUGGGAUUUAAAUGAGGGGAACAUGCAGGAUGGUCCAAAAGAGUGAUGUUAUUCUCCCUGAAGAAGUCCUUGGUCAAGCCAGCAUUGUGAACUGCAGCGUUGUCCUGUUGAAGAACCCAGCUGUUACCACACAGACGAGGGCCGUCCGUCAUGAGGGAUGCCUGCCGCAACAUCUGCACGUAACCGUCAGCCGUUUGACGACCCCCGCACCACCUGCGUUCCACUGAAUGAAAAAGCACCCCAGAUCAUGAUGGACCCCCUCCACUGUGCCGGGUAGAAAACAUCUCAGGUGGGAUCUCCUUGUCAUGCCAGUAACGUUGGAAGCCAUCUGGACCAUCAAGGUUAUCAGAGAAUAAAACUUUUUUCCACCUUUCAAUGUCCCAUGUUUGAUGCUCCCUGGCAAAGUCUAAACAGGCAGUUUUGUGGCCUUGAAGGAGAUGAGGUCUUUGAAUUCGUUUUUGUUUUCUAAACCCUUUUCCCGCAGAUUCCGUCUGAUGGUUAUUGUGCUUGGGCUAUGGCACUUGGCGGAGGUCUGCGCUCUCUGAGUGCUUUUCUAGUUUGGAAGUGGAAAACACACACACGGCUGAUCUAACAAAAGUGUCUUUCAGAACAAAAGGUUUAACAUCACUUUUAUCUAGUUUUGCAAAGGGGGAGGAGAGGAGAUUAUGCUUGGAGGGCCAUCCCUUUUUUUUCAACUGUUUCUGCACUCAUGCCACAAAAAAUCAAUGCAGAGACGUCUGUUAAAGGCUUUUUAGCGGUAAAAUUCGGAGUUCUUGCACCCUUGUCUCAGUGUGGUCCAUCGCCUUUCUCUUUUGUGCGGUCCAUGUGUUUGUUCCACCGUGUAUCUCCCUCUGGCAGCAGAAACCUCUGCUAUAAAAAACAAUUCAAGUGGCACAAGAUUUCAUCUUGAGCGUGUGAUCCAAGCGUAAAUAAACCGCACCCAUUUUGAACAGCAACCAAGUGGCCGAACGCAAACCCAAGGCAAAAUUUUCACAAAAAUGCUGGAUGUUAACCGAAAAACUCACUAACCGGGGCAGAUGUGAACCGAGGUACCGCUGUAUUUCUGCAGGUUUUUAACAGGUCAACAUUAUUAAGAUAUUUUAUUCUUAUUGUUGACAAAUGUAUUUAUCUUGUUUUUAUUCAUAAUAAACUAAAAACAUGAUAUACUACGUUACUCUAUACAUGUACUUUGAGCAACUAUGUACAAAUUGGAGUGCUACCGGCUUCCCAGCAUGCCUUGCGGCACUUGUUUUGUACAGAUUUAGAUGUUUAGAGUUCACGUAGUGUAGUGAUGGAGCUGCUUUCGAUGACUCACAUAUACUUCCAAAAACAAGAUAUGAACUGAAAGGAGAACUGUUUUCAAAUAUUUUUAUUAUCAGACAUUGUGUGGAACAUGCAGCAUAUGAACAGUUUGAACAUCAAAUACAUGAAAAAUAAGAAUUGAAAAGGUGAACCUAGAUGAAUGAAGAUAUUUGAUGAAUGAAUGAACGAACGAACGGGUGGGUCGGGCCCUGCUUGUAACACAUGAAACGUAUGUUAGGACGCUUUAUUCAUUCGUAGAGUAAGAUGUUGUGAAACGUGCACAGGUCCAAGCUGAAAACUGCCAUUGAGGAGAGUGAAGGGAAAGCACAGAGCUUCCAGGUACGGCACACACCUUUCCAAAGUUCCCUUUGGAGGCAUUACUGUAACAACAUGUUGAUUAUAUUGCUUGGAGAUCGCCAUCAACAUCACGGAGGCCAAGCAGCUGGUGGGCGAGAACAUCGACCCCAGUGUGGUGAUCGAGGUGGCCGAUGAGAAAAAACAGACGACGGUCAAAGAGGGAACCAACGCUCCCUUUUACAAUGAGUAUUUUGUCUUUGACUUCUUCGCCCACAAAGAGAUCUUCUUCGAUAAAGUCAUCCGGCUGACGGUGAUGCACUCCAAGAUGCUGAGGAGCUUCUGCAUCGGCUCCUUUAAAGUGGACGUGUGGACCGUCUACAAACAAGCAGGUCAUCAAUUCAUCAACAAGUGGGCGGCGCUGACCCUUCCCGGCGACAUAAGCACCGGGGUCAAAGGUUAUAUCAAGUGCGACAUCAGUGUCUCGGCGAAGGGCGACAGCAUGCAGCCUGGAAUUAAAGCCAGCGACGCAGAGGAGCAAAUAGAGAAGAACCUCCUGAUACCGGAGGGGUUCCCCUCGGAGCGCCCCUGGGCUCGUUUCUGUGUGAAGGUGUACCGAGCGGAAGGUCUUCCCCGCAACAACUCCAGCAUCAUGGCCAACGUCACCAAGGCCUUCAUCGGGGACAACACGGCGCUCAUAGACCCCUACGUUGUCGUUAGCUUCUUCAGACAAGUGGGUCGCACAUCCACACAGAAGUCCAACGCAGAUCCGGUGUGGAACGAGCAGAUCAUCUUCACUGAGAUGUUUCCUCCACUGUGCCAGAGGAUGAAGAUCCAGGUUUGGGAUGAAGGCAGCAUGAGUGACGUUGCCAUAGGAACCCACUACUUUGACCUCAGACGCAUCUCCAAUGAGCAAGAUGGCGACAGAGGUAAGGUUUGUAGGAGGCAGGAUGUUUCAAAAAAACUUGUGCUUCGGAUCUUUCUUAUAGGGUUUUUACCAACUUUUGGUCCCGCUUGGAUCAACCUGUACGGCUCAGUCAGGAACUCUCUGGGGGACGACACGGCCGAGCUUAACGAGGGCAUCGGAGAGGGCGUGUCCUACAGGGGGCGUGUCUAUGUGGAGCUGGUGGUGGAGAUCCUAUCAGGGGGGACGGGCUCAGAGUCCAAACUUGCACGGAUAAUUAAGCCAGUGAAGGAUGCCAAGUUGGGAAAGCCUGCAAGCAAGGAUGGGAAGACCCCAACAUCAGCAUCAGCUGGAGGAGGAGGCGGGGCGUCAGGAGGGACAGGUGAUGACGACAAAGGCAGGGCAGCGGCAGAGGUUCUACCUGUGGAAUGUCCUCCUAUGCUUCACACUGACAACAGAGACAGCUUCCUGCUUUUCGGAGCCUUGUUUGAAGCAACCAUGGUUGACAGGAAGAUCGGAGACAAACCAAUCAGUUUGGAGCUUUCUCUGGGUAACUAUGGUAACGUCCAGGAGUCCAGCACCCAGCCCAGCCCGGCCUCCCCAAGCCCCGCCCUCGGUCGGCGGAGACCGAUUCUGGACUUCCCGGACAGCUCCUCCUCGUCCUCCCCGCUGUUACGCAGAGAGUCCCAAGACCCUACCAGGGCCUGCAAGUCCACCACUCGUCCCGAAAAGCCGCUCAUUGUGGAAGGAAACAGAUACUACAUGUAUUUGCCCCUGGACAAACAGAAGCCUUGCAUCAACGUGCUGAGUCAGUGGGAGGACAGAAGCUAUCGUCUGUACAACUCCAACAUGUUGGAGAACAUAGCAGCCCUGUUUGAGGAAGGUGUGGCCAAAGCGGCUGAGCUCCACAGGAAGUCGCAUGUCGGGGCCGAGCAGGCGCUCGGGACCGUGGUCAAAGAGUUCUGCGUGGAUGCCAGGUGUUUUAUCGCUGCAGCAGAGGCCAAGUUGAAGGCUGAGGUCAAGUCCAGUUACCUGACGCAGCUGGACAAGAAACGCCUCACCAUGUGCAAGCAGGAACUGGAGAGUAUGAUCGGUGACGCUCAGUCUCUGGUGGAGAGGAAGAGGAAAGCAGGCGGUGUGAAAGAAGCGCUGUGGGAUGCGACAAAACUCACGCACAAACUGCGCUUCCUGGUGGAGGAGCCUCAACACACUGUGCCCGACAUUUUUGUGUGGCUGUUGAGCAACAACAAGCGUGUGGCCUAUGCUCGUCUCCCGGCCAGAGACGUCAUCUUCUGCAGCAGUCAGGAGGCUCGGGGAAUCCACUGUGGAAAGAUAGUAACACUCUUCCUCAAGCCACCAGGGAAGCGUAUGUCAGGGUUGUCAGUCCAAGCCAAAGUGGACGUGUACUUGUGGUUUGGAUCCUGCAUGGACGCCAGUCAUAUGUUGGAUGACCUGCCUGCAGGGUUCACGGCUGCCACAGGGGUCGCUGAUGCCAACAGCCCACCCACUCACCUGACCUGCGCUGAGCAGCAUCAGUUCCAGUUAAGGUGUCACAUGUAUCAGGCUCGAGGACUGAUUGCUGCUGACAACUCAGGGCUGUCCGACCCGUUUGCUCGGGUCACCUACCUGUCGCACAGCAAGACUACCAACGUGAUCAGUCAGACGCUCAGUCCCACGUGGAACCAGUGCUUGCAGAUGAGUGGCAUCCUGCUGAGUGGAGACCUUCAGCACAUCCUGGAGGAACCGCCGAGUAUCGUCAUUGAAGUGUAUGAUGACGACGCCCUGGGAAAGGCUGAGUAUCUGGGGGCCACGGUGGCGCAGCCCGAAGUCCACCUGCUCUCUGAGCCAUACACACCCCCCACCCUGCGGUACAGCCCGCUACACCGCGGCAGCCAAUCAGGAGGAGAGCUGCUGGCGGCCUUCGAGCUGGUGCAGGUCGCCCUGUCUGGAGAGGAGGGGCUGCCCCCCUUAGAGGAGCGAGAAGAAGGCGUCUACACAGUCCCCGCCAACAUCAGACCAGUUCUCAGCACCUACAGACUGGAGGUUUUAUUUUGGGGUCUAAGAGAGCUGAAGAAGGUUCAGUUGCUGGCUGUUGAUCGUCCUCAGGUGUUCAUAGAAUGUGCUGGAAAAACGCUGCGUUCUUCCGUCAUUCAGCGGUACAAGUCCAACCCCAACUUCACCACGCUGCUUGACACCAUUGAACUGGAGUUACCUGAGAAGGAACACCUCCAUCCUCCGCUCAGUAUCACUGUUGUCGACUGGAGGGCCUUUGGUCGCAGCACGCUGGUUGGAAACCACAUCAUCAACAACCUGAUGGCCUUCAAAUACAUUGCUCCCCCGGCCCCGCCUGCCCCCCUACAGACACACACACCACUGAUAGUCGCAGAAGCAGAAAGAGCUGAGGGAGGACCUUCCCAGCAUGCUGGACAGACAGAAACCCCGGAUGUCCUCAUCAGCGUGGAGGAGGAUGUCCCUAAAAAGACGAGGAAAAAGGAGAGGCCGACUAAGAGCAGCCGUCGUUCCACCAAGCGAAGGAGACGGACCAUCGCUGAUGAGUCGGCAGAGUGUGUCAUUGACUGGUGGUCCAAAUAUUAUGCAUCGGUGGAGAAGAAGACCAAACAGACGGAAGGCUCUCUCUUCCCCCGAGUCUUUAAAAAAGCCUUGCCGUACCACAGCUUGCUCAGUGACGGAAUAGACUCUUUAGUGAGCAGCUCCUCAGAUGUGGACAAGAAGAAGAAACAAACGGGAAAAGGAACACCUGAGCAGAACCCCAGUUCCAGUCUUCCCACCCGACUGGCCACGCUGCAGCUGUACAACAAGGAGCUGGAGGCAGAGUUUGGACAUUUUAACGACUGGGUGAACACGUACGAGCUGUUUCGUGGAAAGGCCAACGCGGAGGAGGGCCCGAACGAGGAGAGGUUCGUCGGAAAGUUCAAGGGCCGCUUCUGCCUGUAUAAGCUGACCGAGGACGAGGAUGGAGACUGGGAUGAAGAUGACGGACAGCUCAAAGUCAACAGAGGCAUCCCACCCAACACCCCGGUCCAAGUCCUGAUUCGGGUUUACGUUGUCUCUGCAUCUAACCUGCACCCUGCAGACCCGGAUGGAAAGGCUGACCCUUACGUUGUCGUUCAACUGGGCAAGAAUGAAAUUAAAGACAGAGACAACUACAUCCCUAAACAGCUCAACCCUAUCUUUGGAAGGUCGUUUGAGAUGCAGGCAACCUUCCCGAAGGAGUCUUUGCUAUCGCUGCUCAUCUAUGACUAUGACAUGGUGGGAGGGGACGACCUGAUCGGAGAGACACGGAUUGACUUGGAGAACCGCUUCUACAGCCGACACCGGGCCACGUGUGGACUCCCCACUGAGUACAGCCUUGAAGGAUACAACGCCUGGAGAGACUGCCUGAAGCCAUCAGAGCUCCUCACCACGCUGUGCAAAGAAAGCGGUCUGGACGGUCCUCAUUUCGGACCGGGACGUAUCACCGUGGCCGACAAAGUCUUCACUGGCAAGACGCUCUUCAUGCAUGAAGAUGAGGAACCUAUGGAGUCCUAUGAGCACUUGUCCUUGAAGAUCCUACAUCGUUGGAGCGAGAUUCCGGCUGUGGGGUGCAAGCUGGUGCCGGAACACAUCGAGACCAGAACGUUGUUUAACAAGGCUCGGCCUGGGAUGGACCAGGGUCAGGUGCAGAUGUGGGUUGAUAUGUUCCCCAUGGAUAUGCCUCAUCCCGGACCUGCUGUGGAUAUUUCACCUCGUAAGCCCAAAGGGUAUGAGCUUCGCGUCAUCAUCUGGAACACAGAGGACGUCAUUCUUGAAGACAGCAACUUCCUGACUGGUCAAAAGUCCAGUGAUAUUUACAUCAAGGGCUGGCUGAAGGGUUUGGAGGAUGACCGCCAGGAAACGGACGUGCACUACAACUCUCUGACGGGAGAAGGAAACUUCAACUGGCGCUGUGUUUUCCCCUUCAGCUACCUGCCCGCUGAGAAGGUGUUGGUGGUGAAGAAGAGAGACAAUAUUUUCUCUCUGGAUAAAAGCGAACAGAAGCUGCCCGCCAUCCUCAUUCUGCAGGUGUGGGACUUUGAGACGCUCUCGUCGGAUGACUUCCUUGGCACGGUGGAGCUAGACCUGCACGGCUUCCCUCGCGGCGCAAAGACCGCCAAGUCGUGCAAGGGGGACGUCUUCACGGACGGGACGGAGCGGAUCUCCAUCUUCCAGCAGAAGCGGUCCAGAGGCUGGUGGCCUUUCAGGAAGUCCGGAGAGCUGACGGGGAAAGUGGAAGCUGAGUUCCAGCUCGUGACAGGCGAAGAGGCCGAGAAGAACCCGGUCGGCCGAGCCCGCAAGGAGCCGGAUCCACUGCCCAAGCCCAACCGCCCCGACACCUCCUUCUCGUGGUUCGUCAACCCCUUCAAGUGUUUCUUCCACCUGGUGUGGCGAAACUACAAGAAGUACAUCAUCAUGGCCCUGGUGCUGCUCAUCUCAGUGCUCUUCCUGGUUCUGCUGCUCUACACGCUGCCGGGCGCCAUCUCUCAAAAGAUAGUCAACGGGUGACGCAUACACACAAACGCAGCUAUUCUUCACAUUCUUUCUUUUAAAACUACCAUGCUUUUUUUUUAAGUCGCACUUAAACUUUAUUGAUAUCAACAAAGUUAUGUUGGGAAGUGGCUGCGUCUGGAAGCAAUGGAUUUGUCUUGUCUUGUCUCUGGCGGCAACCGACAGAGGACGCCAUUUGUCCAAGUUGAUGCCUGAAGGUAUUGCCAUGAAAUAGCAUUUAAACAAGAAAGGAGGAAUUGUUUCACCUAAAAACAGAAAUACAAAAAAAUUACAAAGAUUGCAAUAGCUUACACAGUACCAGGGGUGUCCAAAGUGCAGCCCGGGGACCAUUUACGACCCCAGUUGUGUUUUUUUAUUGGCCUGCGGCACAUGAUUAAACAAGAAAACCCAGCAAAAAUGGGAAAAACUGGGAUUAAAUGGGAAAAACUGAUUUCUUUCAUUAAAUAGGUUUAAAUCUUUGGCAUCAUAAAUGCAUGCGCAUCAUGUCAAGCCACACCACUCUGUCAUGACGGCAGGCGGAACCAUAGUUUAGUGUCCCCGCACAGUCACACAGAGUCCGCCGCUCUUGAAUGACUUUAUUCUGACCUGAGCACAUCAACAACAGCGCAAUUCCAACACCAUAUACAGUAUGUAUCUCCAACUCAAACACGUCUCUUGUCCUCCUCGGAACCACACUUCCACACUUUGUCCGGAGAGGAGAUGCAUUCACGGACACUCAGAAAAUCACACUCAUCUUUAUUGUGCGUGGGGUCUACAUAAACACGAAGACAAAGAAAAACAAGAAGUGGAUAUUCUUGUUAUUCACUAAUGUAACUCUUGCAGCGGAAGUACAAUUUGAUGCAUUCAAGUAUGCUUGGAAAUCCCAGAAAACACAUCUACACACAAAAAAUGUCAAUUCAACUUAAAUGACGUGGUGUCUUUGAAGUGUGUCUCCAAUGCAGUGCUACUAUGAAAGAGACUCGUGUUAGGCAGAUAGAUUUUCAGACAUGUGUGCGAUCUGUACAUUUUCACUUCAUUUGGAGCUGUUAAUGCAUACAAAUAUGUAUACACUUGUGUCCUGUCACUUAUCUUUUUGGUCAUAAAAUACAGUCAAAAUGAGCAUAUUUCACACAAAUGGUGAUGAAUCAUUAUUCAUUCAUUUGAAUAACAUUUUUAAUCAUUUGACAGUGUUGUAGAAUAAUAAGAGGCACAACACAACUUGUAUGCAGUUGAGGGAAAAGGGAUACCCCGUUUAUUCCGUUCACCCUUAAAUAGACCCAGUGAACAAUAACAAUGACGUGGAUUACCAAACCUCAUCCUUCCUUGGCCCUGUUGGCAGGACAUUUUGAAAUCACAUAACAUCUGGAACAUAUCUUGUAUAACUUCGGUCACGAUGACCUCCCCCUCAGUCACGUAGGCCUGAGUUCAACUGUCUUUCACAGAACAAAAGGUACUCUGGAGUUCACAGGACAAGAAUCAUUUUACAAUAUAUUCCCCCCUUUUGGGGGUCCCAAACCCCCAAACCAAAUAAUAAUGUCUCUUAGACCCGUCAUUUCACCGUCUUCAUUUUCCGAAAGAAGUUCAAAGAUUAAGUUCGUGGGGAUUUUGAUGCAUGCUUGUCCUGAAGAAUGGGCACGGGGAAGUGGGGAACGUGUUAUGGGCAGUGAUUCGGUGUGUGGCAAGGUCGGGAGAAAUGUUUCUGCUCAUAUCAUCACCGCCCAGAGGAUUAUUGUGCCUCUGUAAGAAUGGUGUAGGCCAUCUUCAGUCCCUUCUUCGAUCAUCCGCCGAUGAUCAGCACGAUGUCAUCUGGAGGGACCCUUUGUGAUGAGGGGCUUCUUUUGCCGAAACGAGGUGGUGACUUGGCACGUCACAUGUUGGAGGAGGGCGCUCAUCUCACCCCUUCCUCAUAGCCUGCCUCCUGGAUGGAUGUCCUCCCGCACGAUCUGGCUCCCUCGAUUACAGCCCUCAGGAAUGACUCGUCUCGGCUGGCGUGGUCCUCAUGGAUGGCUCGUCUCGGCUGGAGGGUCCCCUUGGUUGGUAUAGCUGACCCUGUGCCAACUACUUAUCUAACUGUCUGGUAACUAUUAUUAUUAUGAGUUAACUCAAUGAUCUACCAACUACACCUGUCUAUAGAGAUAGUAUAUAUGUGUGGCAUAAACUGUACUCUGAGUGCUGUGAUAUAGUGAAUAUUGAACAGAUCACAAAUUUUACUCCAUGUCUAAUUCUUCAUGAUCUAAUGUACUUCUCAGGUAACUCAUUGAAUAACUGCGUCAGUGUAAACUCACAGCGACUACAGAGUAACUAACCUAGUAAGUGAGUGACAUAAUCCUGACAUGGUAGUUAAUGCUAAAUAACUGAAAUAAUACACUUGUUAAUAAUAACUAACUGGUGUUACUCAGCAGUCCAACACUGACUAACUGUGAGUGAGUGCAUUGUUGUUCAGUCCCGCCAAGUCCAUUGUCCUUUUAUGUCAGUCCUGUCCUUGGCAUGGCGGUUUUCCACACGCUACUAGCACAGUUCGUGGAGAGGCCUCAGCGCAUUGUGAUAUACAGUUGGUGGUGUCCAGCUCAAAUUCCAGCUCCUUUCCCAAUCCCACAGUCAAUCAUACCUCACGGCUCAUUGAGUCCUCUGAGUCGGUGUCAUCGUCCUCACGAUCGUCCGGAUUGGGAAAUAGAUCAGGCUGCUCGACCACCAGUUGCGCUAGCUGAGCCUCUGCCACUUUGGUAACCGCCAGCGCAGUCAUCUGUCUUACAAAAGUCUUAAUCAGUACUUUCUUCAGAAUGGGUACGAUGCAACAAAGUAACAGACAUAUCACUGUCAAAACUAUUACUGCAGUUAUUCCAGUUCUUGCCAGGUUAGCACCCCAAUGCCCAAGCUUUGUGGUGAACCAGUCAAGUGCCUUUACAUCUUUCCCUGCAUUUCCUGUCAACUCUUUGCUUAGUUCACUAAUUCUAGACAUUGCUGUAGUAAAAGAUCCUCUUCUGGCCGUGUUCAUGGGUAUGUAGGUACAACAUUGUUCUCCAAACAUGUGGCACACUCCCCCCUUCUCAGCAAGCAUCCAAUCCAAGGCUUGACGAUUUUGCCAUGACAUUUUGGUUGUUUCAUGUAAUUGUUCUCCGAGCGCUCUGAGGGCUUCAUUGGUAUAAUUAAUAAAGCGUUGUUGAUUAUAAUACACGUAAUUAAUCCAUUCCGCAUUUUUAUUGGGCAUAAUCCAGAUAAAUAUGGACUCCAGACCAGCCUUAAUUUCACUCCUAGCUUUGAAUUCCUCUGGAAUUCCUCGUGGUUGCCCUAUUGCGUCUAGAUAGACCCGAGAGUCUGGUAUGUAUGAUCUUUUAAAUCUAAUGGCACCCUGUGUUUGGAGUACUUCUCGGACACCUUUGUACAUUACUUGAACGGGCACUUUCAUCCUUACCAAUGUGCACAGGCCAAUCCAUUGCUGAGGCAGAACAUUACGCAAUAUGUCAUCUCCACACAUCCAAUAGCUGUCCGCUACUGCCGUAGAUUGUACAGCCAAAAAUUGAUUAUUAGGUAUUGUCAUUGUUAUAUUUUGACAUGACUGAUCAUUUGGGCCUGGGUUCUCAUACCAUACCGGUCUGGUGACAAAAAUCGGAAUCAUGUUUGCGUGUGGAAACCAAGAUAGUACCCAAGUUACUUUACACUUCACCGUAGUAUUUCCCACAUAAUUCCCAAGUUGGUUAUCAGUCUUAAACCCACCGCUUGCGAAACAUUCAUACUCUGCCGUUCUAUCUACUUUAUACUUUGUUGGGGGUCCAUCUAAGGCUGUUGUGAGUCCAAACUCAGUGCACACAUUAUCCUUAGCCCGAGCAGGCAGUGGACUCAUUAAAUUGUGUGUCUUUUUUGAGCCAUAAAUUAAUCUACAUUGUAUGGUGCACAUUGGUAAUGAGAAAAGCCUAAUUUUAUGAUUAGUUGACACGAAUCCUCUUUUUUUACAUUUCUGCCUUUGUUCAUCUGCACAUGUUUUGAAACUGUUCUUUUCAGGAAUUACAAUUGGUAACGCGGUUGGAGCUGCUGAACAUGCUAUGCAUUCCACAUUUGUCAUUUCCCUGGUUGUGUACCAUAUCCAUUUAUACCACCCAUUGUAUCUGGCUUGUUCCCAUUUACUCUCUUCCUCUGUUUCAAAACUUCUUGGUCUACCAUUACCAAAAUCUGGGUAGUCAACAAAAUCUGAAUUGUUGUUUCUUGAGUCAUAGUUGCUAUAGGUACAGUUGUCACAAUACUCAUCAUACAAUACAACUGGUUCAGUUGUCAUGGUCGUGAACCCUGCAGACGUUGUUGUUACAGCUGAUGUCAUUUGUACGCUGAUUGUUGUGCUUCCACUAGUUGCCUGUGGAUUGGGUACUGCAAUAACAGGGGUCGGCGCUGCCACAUCCAUAGAUUGUGGAGUGGUUGCUGUUGUGACAAAGUCAUGUAGGAUCGGCCGAGGCUGCUGGGUUGCAGUAGUGUCAGUGACUUGCAAGGUCACCCCUACUGGAGUGGUCCUACUUUUCCGUUUUAUUGGCCUUAUUGGCAAUUGCACAAUUUUACCUCCUGGCGGUUCCGUAUAGUACAUACUUAGGAUGUAUGUCUGUUUAUCUGGCCAUGCUCCCCCUUUUGACUUGUCUACAAUUAGAUAAAAAGGAUAAUGUGGUUCUCUCCACUGCGGCUUUAGUCUAACACCCACUUCCCACUGCUGUGGUUUUUGUAGUACUAUUAAAGUGCAUUGGUCUGAUCCCCAUUCUGGAGGCUCAUCUUCUAUUUUAAAAUCCACUCCACAUAUACCCCUACCGAAUAGUGACACUGUAAGUGAACGAACAUCCUCCACUCUCCCUAGUUGACUGACCUUAAUUUUGGCAGUCCAUAAUUCUGCAAACUCUACAUUGUCCCUCCGUUGUGCUGGUGCUGAGUGGCGUAUAGUUGCAUAGUACUCAUCUGUUUCAUGUCUUUGGACUUCCUUGGAGGACAGCGUCCCUUCCCCCUUGGUGUGAGACACUGGUAUUGCAUUCAUCAGUGCCCACAACAUGCAGCUCACCAUCACCAGCAAGUGAAUCUUUGGCGUUUGGCGUUCCAUGUGUGCUUCCUUUGUUGCUCAACUCCUCCUCUUGCUUGGAUUGGGCUGGACGCACCUUGGUGCAGUGGUUUAAAUGGUACCACGUCGUGCUCCCUUCCACUUGGACAGCCGUCGGUGUUGCUCGCACCACCUUAUAGGGUCCCUCUCGUCUUGGCUCGUGCCACUUUCGCCUGUACACCUUGAUGUACACCUGAUCGCCUGGCACCACCAGGCCGUCUGACACCUCCGUGGACUCAGGAGCCCUGCUUUUCUCCUGCACAUAGAUAGCUCUAUGUAUGGCAGUUAACUGUUUUAUAUAAUCUUUCAGUUCAUUUUGCAACUGCUCAAGUGGGGGCCCUUUAUAAGGCCCUCUCAAAUGUGGUGCUGGCAUGGGUCGACCCGUAAGCAUUUCAUGCGGUGUUAGAUGUGUCAUUCUGUUAGUCUGCAUGCGAUAACUCAUGAGUGCAAGUGGUAGUGCAUCCACCCAAUUUAACUUUGUGCUAGCACAAAUUUUAUUGAGUUUGGCUUUAAGUGUCCCAUUUACUCUCUCUACCAUUCCCUGGGACUGAGGAUGAUAGACACACCCCAACCUUUGUCUUAUUCGCAACUGUUGUAAGAUUCCUUUGGCUACUUUUUGCACGAAUGCCGGACCGUUGUCCGAACUUAUUUCUGAUGGUAUUCCAAACCGCGGAAUUACUUCUCUUAACAGGAAUUUAACAACAGUUUCUGAACUCUGAUCUUUAGACGGCAUUGCUUCAACCCAACGACUAAAUCGGUCAAUAACUACUAACAUGUACCUCUUUCCAUGCACCGAUUUAAUCAUGUCUACAUAGUCUAGCACAAGAUGUUUGAAUGGUCCUUCUGGAACUGGUAUGUGUCCAAUGGGUGUAGUUAUGCCUUUUCUGACAUUGUUCUGUGCACAAACUUCACAUUGUCCCAAGACUUCAUCUAUCAUUGACUGUAAAUAUGGUGACCAAUAUCCUUGCCGUUUUAUCUUCCUUACAACUUCCCCCUUUGCACAGUGAUCUGGACUGUGCACAUCUGAUAUUAGCACUGUAAGUAAUGAGACUGGCGCAACAAGCAGUCCUUCAUGUGAUCUCCACAGACCUUUUUCAUCUUUUGAAGCUCCUCUCUGCUGCCACAAACUGUGCUCACUUAGCCCUGCAUUUUGUUGCAUCAACACAAUGUCAUCUGGCGUAGCGACUGGUUCUAUUGACACCAAUGGAGCCAAAACAGUCACCUGGCUUUUAGAAGCCAAUUUUGCUGCUUCAUCUGCUGCAUUGUUUCCCUGCACAACAUCUUCAUUUCCUUUCCUGUGUGCCUGACACUUGAUAACAGCAAGCCUUGUCGGUUGCAUCAUCGCCGAAAUAAGAUCAACUAUCUGUUUUUGGUGGUGUAUUGGUGAACCAUCACUUUUUUUAUAACCACGUUGCUUCCACACUGCCCCAAACAAAUGACACACUCCAUGUGCAUACGCCGAAUCCGUAUACACAUUUGCUGUCUUUCCUUUGGCCAUUCUGCACGCUUCAGUCAAAGCCUUCAACUCAGCUAAUUGUGCAGAGCAUGGUUGUAUACAACUCUCAGCCUUUAUUGUCACAAAAUCAUUUCCUUCCUGUUUGAUAACCGCAAACCCUGCAUGGCUGCCAAGGUGAUCUCUGUAACACGAUCCAUCCACAAAGUAUGUCACUUCUGCAUUUAACAAAGGUGUAGACUCCAAAUCUGGUCUUAACUUCGUGUACUUCAUUGCCUCUGGCACACACUCAUGAGGCUCACCUUCAAAACUGAAUGGCAUUGUGUCUGCAGGAUUUACCGUUGCACACCUUUUAAUGGUGACAUCUGGAUACGUCAACAGUGGCAAGUACUGCAAACAUCGAGCCUGCGUUAUCACAAACCUAUUUUGGUGGAUCAGCUCAGAAAUUUUAUGAUGCGUGUAUAUUGUCACUGGAUGUCCCAUUGUGAUUGUUGAUGCCUUCUCAUACGCAUAAUGAACGGCAGCCAACCCUUGAUAACAUGGUGGCCAACCCUGGACCACAUUGUCCAGCUUCGUGCUGUAGUAUGCAAGGGGUUGUUUCCUUCGACCACUACAGGUUUCUUGCAUCAACACUGCAGAUGCGUACAUGUUAUGUCUAUUUGACACGUACAAAAAGAACGGUUUGCCAUAGUCUGGUGUUGCCAACGCCGGAGCUGUUUGCAUUUCCUGUUUGAUUGUUUCAAACGCAAUUCUGGACUCAUUGGUCCAUUUCAGCGGUGACCUCAAUGUCUGAGUCUCACCCUCCUUCAUUAUUCCUCUCAAUGGUGCAGUUUUGACAGCAUAGUCCACUAUCCAGUUUGAGCUGAAACCAGUCAUGCCUAGAAAAGUCAUCAUCUGUCCCACUGUAAGAGGGAGUGGCACUUUGCUCACUCCCUCCAACUGAGAGGGUGCCACUGAGAUUGUUCCGUGUGAUAUAACUCUUCCCAGAUACUCGACCUGGGGCUGGCAAUAUUGUAACUUUGCCCGGGAGGUCUUAUGCCCCCCCUCAGCCAACUUCUGAAGUAAUUUAAUUGAGUCUCUGUGGCAGUCCUCGAGUGUCGGUGCGCAUAUUAACAGAUCGUCAACGUACUGUAACAGGGUGCUAUUGAGUUGCAACCCUUCAAGGUCCUCUCUUAACACCUGAUUAAACACAUGCGGACUAUGUUUGAACCCCUGUGGCAUUCGAGUAUAGCAAUAUUGUUUUCCUCGAUAUGUGAACGCAAACAACGGUUGAGAGUCUUCGUGUAACGGAACACUAAAAUAUGCUGAGCACAAGUCUCUUACUGUGAAAAACUUAGCUUCAGGUGGAACAUUUGUCAAGAGAGUAUGCGGAUUUGGUACUUCCACUGGACUAUCCUGGACGAUCUCAUUCACUGCUCGCAAAUCAUGUACCAGCCGGUACUUGGAUUUGUCUGCUUUCUUCACAGGUAGUAUUGGCGUAUUACAAAAACUGUGUGUCUCAAUUAAUACUCCCGCUUUCAGAAGCCCUUCAAUAGUUUGGCUUAUACCUUUCUCUGCCUCUAAUUUCAGAGGGUACUGUGCGCGUCUUGGAAGUUUCAUGUUUGGUUUAAGCUCCACUCUAACAGGGUUUGCUGACUUCACUAACCCUACAUCUGUUUCAUGUUUUGACCAUAGAUUUUCUGGGACGUGUUCGAGCAUUUCUUGUUUUAAGUCACUCUCACCUUCACGGAUUUGCGGCAUCUGUGGUACGUCAAAUGAAGUGAUGAUCACUUCUUUUGGUUUUGAAACCAUAUGGGUACCACACAAAAUUUUUAUCUUUGUCUCAUCUGGCGACACAAAAAUUAGUGGAUUUUCAGUCGCAUUCCAAGUUAUUUUGGACGCAUUUUUCAUCAUUGGCCCCAAAUCCUUUGACGCAAAAUUUUCGUUAACCAACAAAGUUAUGUGUGGUGCCGAAUUGGGCACGUUAUACCAUUGUGCCAGGAAAGGAUUUGACUCAACGUUAAACGCUGCACCCUCUUGCCCAAUUAUGAUAUACUCUGUUGUCAAUGACACCGUCAGGCCUUCAGUUUGUGUUUCCCACUUUUCUUCAAAGAUUUUGCUACAUGAUGGAUCAAAAUAGACUGUGCAAUGGUAUUCAGACCGUGGUUUUGACGCUUUUGGAAUUUGAGCACAGAUGUACUUUUCCCACUUUUGGAAAGCCUGGAGCACUGGUUCUGAUAUAUCUCCUAACCAGUAUACUUUUGCACGUGCUGUCUGAACAUUCAUUUGAAACUUUUCCUUCACUCUAUCUACUUUCACUCCCUCAGGCGUACAAGAAAUGUUUACAUUCAGCUUGCAUAGAGCAUCUCUUCCUAGUAAAUUUACUGGUGUCUGCUCAGAUACCAGAACUGGCAAUGUCGUUGUUUCGCCCUCCAUUGUUAGCUGAACUGGAGCCGUCAUAGGUAUUGUUUGAAGCUUUCCCGAGAAUCCUACUGUUUUGACAAAUUUGUCAGACAUGGGGAGGUGUGAGGCGUAACUUGGACCUACACAAGUGUAGGUUGCUCCAGUAUCGACCAACAUUGGUAUUUGUUUUCCUUCGAUUUGAACUUGAACUACUGGUUCUUUUUUAGUUAUAGAUGUUACUAUUGGCAGCUGACCUUCCCCUGCAGGAUUCUCUGGGCACCCCUAAUAACCAUAAUUUGGACCUCCCCACGGGUUGACUGGACCCAAAUAUGGCUGUUCUGAAUUUGGACCUUGGCUCAAUGGUUGUUGAGGUUGUUGAUCUCCAUAGCCUCCUUUGACCCAAUUAGGCGCCGGCCAUGGAUUGGUUGGACAGUUCUGUCGAUUGUGUCCUUGCUGUCCACAUCCCCAACAGACUUUGGGAAGUACUUGCGGAAGGGUAGCUUGUUGUUGCGACCUCCUUCUUGAUCCAUCUUUUCGGCCCAUCUGAUAUUGCCUUCCCCUUUGCGACGCUUGAUUUGUUCUUGGUUGAGCAUAUACAUUGAUGACAGGUGGCGCUUGAACUGGUGGUACUGUUGUUGGCACUGGAGCUGGAGGUGGAGCUGGAGAUGGCAUUACGGGUGCCUCCACACUUGGCUUUGCAUCCCCGACUAAGGCUUGAGCUUUCUUUUUGUUCUUGCUUGACAGUUCCCCAAGUUGCAACUGGGCAACCUUUCUUUGAACUUCUUGGUCUUGCUCUUUCAGCCGUUGUUCAUCUCGUCUGUAUUUUUCAAUAGCAUGUAUUACAUGCUCACAGAACUCCCUGUGUGACUUUGACGUCAGUCCCACAACAUCCUCCAGUCUACUUUUUACUGGAGUUGGCAUGGCUUCAACCACUGCUGUUCUGAAUAGUGUGGUCAUCAGUGGGCUAUUUCCAACUUCUUCCUCAGUCUCUUGCUUCCACCGUUUGAGCUGACGGCUGAUAUACUCGGCAGGGUUCUCCGUUUCCGUAAGUGGCUGUCCCUUCAGGGCCUUGGGAUCAAUCUUGAUCGGAUACUCCCUUCGCAGUGUCCCCCACAAGUCUCUGCGAUAAGGAUUGAACUCAAUACCAUCCGCUUCAGGAUUUUGCAUCCAUCGAUGGCCACUUAGAUAUAGCACAUUUUCCAUUGUUGGUAUCCCCAACACUCGUGCCCACACAGCCUUGAUAUCUCCAAGCGCCAGUAUUUUACCCACUGUUUCUUCUUCAAACGCCCUUAUCCAUUUGCUGGCCCCCUCAUGGAUACCAGGCAGCCUGGCGAUCAACCCCUCAAGAUCAAGUGUUUGCCAAGGAAUAUACUGUCCCUGUGUUCCUUUUAUUAAUAUUGGCAAUUGAUGAGCCGGAUCGGUAUACCUCUCUGGAGGGUGUAUGCCAGGCCUGUAUCUGAGAUCAUACUUUCUGUUUUCCUUGCCAUUUGCAGCAAAGGUAAGACUUCCCCCUAAGACUUCUCUUUCUUCUGCCUCUUGGACUCCCUCUGGAUAGCUUACUCUUCUUUUUACUGGUAUAGCACUACUUACUCUUUCUACUGCUCCUUUUUUCCUCUCUUCCUGUUUUUCUUCUGUAGCCUUAUUUUGUACAUAUUUUUCAUUAACAUCAUCUAUCUCAUCCUCAAGUUCUUGAAUUAUAGUCCUUUCCUUUUGUCUUUCUAAGUCCGAGUGCUCCAGGUUCAGCCAAUAUGAGUGUCCAUCCUUUCUUGUCAUCUCUUUAAGCGCUUGAUCUUUUUCAGCAUAACAAUCCAGUACUUGUGACUUUUUUGGUUUUGCACCCUUCCUGUCUGUGCUGCAGUAUUGUGGUGGAUUUUUCAGCCUUCCAACUGGUGAAAUAGGAUCUUGUUUGUUGUCAUCAAAAUCAACAUCUCCUGCAACUUCGACAGUUCCCGUAAUAAAAGGAUAAAGGCCAGACGGAGCCACUGCAGCGAACUGACUAUUACCCUGCAUGUUUUUGUCCAUAUUUCUGUUUUUUAUUUUAAAUCCAUCGUCGCCUUUAGCUCUAAACAGUUCACGAUUCUUUUUCAUUGUUUUUCGGAACAUUUCACCUUCCUUUCUGAACAACUGUAUAAUUUCCAAUUCCUUUUCUCUUUUCUGUUGUCUUUUGUUACUUUUGUCUUUGGGUUUAUAGUCCUUUAUUCGGACUUCCAUGUCAUCACACAAACUCACAUCAAAUGUUCCACCUUCAGGCCAACUUGGAUUUAAGCUUUUAGUGCGUUUUGUCCACUUUUUAGAGACCUUCUCGAUGUCAUCCUUCCUUUUUGGGUAUUUUAACCCUAAAAUCGUUGUCGAAGGAAUAGCCAUUUUGAGUAUUUCAACUUUCAAGACAGAAAUUAAAAUAAAUGUUAUUGUUUGUUCUGUCACAAAAAUAAGUUAUUUUGCAAAAGUAUCUUAAACUCAGACUGCAAUUUUAUCACAAUGUUAUUUGAUGAGUAUUGUCUUUAUUCACUUUCAAAGUUAAGUCUUUAUACACUAGCACACCACAUUAAAAUGUUUUAAACUUAAACACCAACAUGACACUUUCCAUAAAUGCUGUACAGUUCAGAACCACAGCUUGCAGAAACUCUCCAAUCUCAUAACACAAAAAAAAAAAAAAAAACUCUUCCACUGGCUGACUUGUUCUUCCAACACUCAGAGGGACGGCUGUAGCCACUCCCCUUGUGUCCCCUCGCUCAACACCUCCUUCAGUUAUUCACUUCACAUCCGGUCACUGGCAGAACCACACAGCUUGACAAGAUUCACUAAGUUCAAAGUAAUGCAAAACAAAGUCUCAACAGACUUAUCACACAGCAAAUUGCACACAAUUUUCUUCUCAAUUCAACCACUGCAAUUCUGUCCUUUCAGCUAGUUCAUAUCCCCCACUACAGAGCAGACAACGUUAUGACGCACUUUGAAUUUCUCUGGGACCACACCCAAGAUAGCCUCACUCCAGUGCAACCCACAACAAAUUAACAUUGGCACAAAUAACACAACUAGGCAAGAUGCACUACACUCAAUAACAGCCAAAUGCAGCACCUCCAGCAACAGACACAAAGAUGACACACAAACUGCUUUCACUUCAACUAUGUGUAAGGUUGACCUUUUUGUUGUUCCAGAAGAGAUCAUUCAAACAAAGGAUGAAUCUAUGAACAUUUCUCACAAUACGUUUUUAACCGCACUUCUCACUUGCGUGUGUGGCAAUUUUCAGCUAUUUACACUGGCUAACGUUACUGUCUUGCGACUAAGAUGAUUAAUCUUAUAGUUAUUUUCUUUUGAGGGUUACAAAGCACAGUUUGUCCUCAGCUGACCUUCGUUCACACACUCACUCACUCAAGACAGUGAAAAAACACACACAAAAAAAAACAA